AUAUUGUGACUGUUGUGGAGGUGACCAGGAGAAGUGUGACAGCACACUGAGGCGAACCAUCACGAACAGACACACACUCAUGAUAGGCACACACUCAUGACUCACUUCUGACAAGCGACACACUCUGAAAAACACACUGACUCAUACAAUCUUACUAACACUCCUCUCGCACACACACACACACGCAUAACAACAGGGUUCUGUGGUUCUAGGCUGUAGUAUGGACAGAGCUGAGCAGAUCUGAAUGAGCGCUGGUCUCUCCUGGGUUCUAAAGGGUUAACCAGACCCCCAUCCUGUGGUCAGCAGAGGACCAUGUCGGUCUCCAGGCACACAAAUCUCCUCCCACUCCGAGGGAAGCUUCCGCGUCCAGCCGUACCCUCCCCUGCCAGGCUGUGGCCUCUGCCCCUGUUUGUGUCUCUGCUACUGUGUCCAGGCGUCCUCAGCCAGAACGUACCAGUGAUCACCACAGCCCAGGGUCAACUCCGGGGAGUCCUCAAACCGCUGGCGUCCGAUAUCCUUGGACCAGUAGUACAGUACCUGGGGAUCCCCUACGCCCGCCCCCCUACAGGGGAUCGGCGUUUCCAGUCCCCGGAGCCCCCUCUGCCUUGGACCGGGGUGCGCAACGCCUCCCAGUUCGCCUCUGUGUGCCCCCAGUCUCUGGAUGAGCGCAGCCUGCUGAGUGACAUGAUGCCCGCCUGGUUCACUGCCAACCUGGACAUCGCCACCACCUACCUCACCCACCAGAGCGAAGACUGCCUCUACCUCAACAUUUACACACCCACAGAGGAAGACAUCCACGAGGAAGGGGGUCUGCGUCCAGUGAUGGUGUACGUUCAUGGAGGCUCCUACACAGAAGGAACCGGAAACAUGAUGGAUGGUGGUGUCCUGGCCAGCUACGGAAACGUCAUUGUUAUCACCAUUAACUAUAGACUUGGAGUACUGGGCUUCCUAAGUACGGGUGACCAGGCAGCCAAGGGGAACUAUGGUCUGCUGGACCAGAUCCAGGCCCUGCGCUGGGUCAAGGAGAACAUCCUGGCCUUCAGUGGAGACCCAGACAGAGUCACUGUGUUUGGCUCUGGGGCUGGAGCCUCCUGUGUGAGCCUUCUCACCUUGUCACACUACUCAGAGGACCUAUUCCACAGGGCUAUCAUCCAGAGUGGCAGUGCCCUAGCCAGUUGGGCGGUCAAUUACCAGCCAGGGAAGUAUGCACGUGCCCUGGGGGAGAAGGUGGGCUGCCAUCUGGAUGACAGCAUGCAGCUGGUGGCCUGCCUGCAAGAGAGGGGCUACCGUGAGCUGGUGGAGCAGAGCGUUACGCCAGCCAAGUACCACACCGCUUUUGGCCCCGUCAUCGACGGCGACGUCAUCCCCGACGACCCCCAGAUCCUGAUGGAGCAGGGCGAGUUCCUCAACUACGACGUCAUGCUGGGCAUCAACCAGGGAGAGGGGCUGAAGUUUGUGGAGGGCAUCGUGGACAGCGAGGACGGCGUGUCCGCGGAGGACUUUGACCUGGCCGUGUCCGACUUCGUGGACAGUCUGUACGGUUACCCGGAGGGGCGCGACACGCUGAGGGAGAGCAUCCGCUUCAUGUACACCGACUGGGCCGACCGGGACAACGCGGAGACGCGCAGGAAGACCCUGGUGGCGCUGUUCACCGACCACCAGUGGGUGGCGCCGGCGGUGGCCACAGCAGACCUGCACGCCCAGUACGGCUCGCCCACUUACUUCUACUCUUUCUACCACCACUGUCAGAGUGAGACCACGCCCCCCUGGGCUGACUCCGCCCACGGCGAUGAGGUGGCCUACGUGUUUGGUGUCCCCAUGGUGGAACCGACCGACCUGUUCAACUGCAACUUCUCCAAGAACGACGUGAUGCUCAGCGCUGUGGUCAUGACCUACUGGACAAAUUUUGCAAAGACCGGGGACCCCAACCAACCAGUACCUCAGGACACCAAAUUUAUCCACACCAAACCCAACCGCUUUGAGGAGGUGGCCUGGGCCAAGUACACCCCCAAGGAGCAGCUGUAUCUGCACAUCGGCCUCAAACCCCGGGUCAGGGACCACUAUCGCGCCACCAAGAUCUCCUUCUGGCUGCAGUUGGUGCCUCACCUCCACAACAUCAACGAGCUGCUGCAGUCCGUCUCCUCCUUCACUCACAGCCCCAACCCCCAGGAGGACACUCCCUACUCCUACACCAGGCGGCUGUCCAAAGGUUGGCCCCCCAGCACACGGCAGGCAUCCCCCCCCAGCACGCCCCAGGCACCAGCGCCAGCCCUCCAUGCUGGGGAGCAGGCCUCCAAGAGCCCGGUGGAGGACUACUCCACAGAGCUGAGCGUCACCAUUGCAGUGGGAGCCUCCCUGCUGUUCCUCAACAUCCUGGCCUUCGCCGCGCUGCUCUACAAGAAGGACAAGCGCCGCCUGGAGCACCGCAGGCCACGCCUCCCACCCCGGAACGACGUCAUCACCGCCACCGAUGUGGCUGCCAGCCAGCUGCAGGCCGAGGGUCUUCUGUCUCUGCAGGUCAAACAGUUGGAGUGUGAGGCAGGCGUCCACACACUGGACGAACGCAACGCUCACAACAACACGCACCACACGCUGGACACCCUCGAUGCUCUGGAUGGUAUGGACACCCAGGACAUCUACAGCACGCUGGACACAGUGCGCCUCACCUGCCCGCCGGACUACGCCCUGACCCUGCGACGCUCACCUGACGAUGUGCCCCUCAUGACCCACAUCACCCCCGGCUCUCAUCCUGGGACCCCCAUGACCCCCAUGACCCCUGGUUCAGUGGUAGGCCUCAGGAUGGGUCCUCCCCAGGGCUACAGCCCCUACAGCAAUGCUCACCUGCCCCACACACACAUCGCCGCACACACACACUCCACUACCCGUGUAUAACCGCAGAACUACGGCGGGGAGCAGAACAGAACAAAUGUACCUCUAAUACCCACCUGGAUUCUUAAGGCCCAGUCUGACCCGGACCACACGGUGUUGCAUGUAUAGAACACUGAGGAGGACAGGGAGCCCUGGGAAGUGAAGUUCUAUGCAUCAUAUGACUAAUCAUUCCAACAGUUCACCCAAUAUGGCUGCUGAUCCAUGUACCACAGGCAACACUGCUUCUGACUAGAACGUCUGGUCGACCUUUUCUAUAGCCACAAGGAUGACUGGACUGUUUCUCUGGCUGUGAACACAGCCCCGGAAAACACAGCUAGUGUCUAAAAUAUUCUGGCACCAUCCGGAGCGACUGCAUGCUCUGGGACUUCCAGUACUCAAGUGGGACCAUCAGAGUGAACUUGAGUGACCUGAACUUUAAAAACCUGCGAAAUGUGAAUGUAGCAUUUAAUUUAAGAAUUUACCUUCAGAGGAUCAAGUGCUUGAAAAAAGAGAGACAGAGAGACAAAAGGAAGAUCAACUAAUUGGAUUGACAAUGACUGAGUGAAAGAUAGAAAGACGAAAAAGUUAAAUUAUGAGGACUCCUUGAUGGUUCAUUAUUAUCACUUUUACCAGCCAGCUAUACUUUCAAAUAUGUAAAUAAAUGGUAGCAACAUAGAUACAAAAGAUUUACAUCAUUCACAGCUCCUGCAUCAGCAUUAGUUACUUAACUACAUUAUGCUUUCAUUUGAGGUAUUGUAUUUGUAUAGAUAUAAAAUAGAACUCAUAACAGGUUACAUUAGGGUAGCGUUCAGCUCAGCUAAACGUUUAUCGACGUUAUGCAACAGAAUGAAACCUCAUGGUUAAUUGAAUACUUUUUAAGGUGGUGGGCGGGCUGUGCCAUUUACCAGAUGCUUUUAUCUAAAGCAACUUACGGUAGAGUGAGUGCCAACGUGGUUCCUAGGGGGCUUUAAACCCACAACCUCAAAGUCAUGGCACCAUGCUCAAUAAACCAAACCACAUGAGACCUAAUCGCACAUGUCAGACUGUCAGAGCUGGUUUCUCUCUGCGCUGUAAAGAGAGGGAGAUGUGAGAACUGUCGUAGCCCACCAGCCCCCCCCCAUUACAACUGCCGUCUUUCAACUGCUGUAGAUUCUGAGCAGCACUGUUGCACAUCACCUCAGUCUGUGCGGCUUUCAGUCACCCUGAACCCACCCACAUGUUUGACUACUCAAGAAACACACCCUCCUCUGCUACUGAACCUUUUGUUUGUGCUUGAGGUGAUCUGCCAUCUAAUCAUUCAUUUAGCUACAUAACUGCCGAAAAGGCACGGAUGUGAAGGAGGGGUGAUUAGAGAUGGAGGAGAGGUGAUGGAGAGUGUGUUUCCAGAGUACUGAAACAAGGCCCUGAGGUUAUAUUCCUGGCAUUGUGUCUUGUUGUAACUUGGCAAUAAGAGUUCUUCUUUCCUCCUGUCAGUUAAAGCUGGAGUGUAGAUAAUAUAUUAGACUCAUUAGUAGAAACAUAUCUAACAUGUGUUGUUCAUCCUAUGUAAUCUCAUGUGUUCAUGUUUUACAGUCGGAGAACUGGAACUGUGGAUUGUAGCAGUGAAUCUUUUAAAUGAUGCAGAGUGAUGAUCCAUGUCCGUACUGUAUACUUUUUUCCAUUUAUUUCCGACUCAGCUGAUGGCUGGAUUGUGUUAGAGCAUAUUAAACAUUUCUGCUGCAUUUUUAAGAAUAAAAUAUCAGUAUUUUACAG